AACAAAAAAAAACAGAGAGAAGAAACCCUUCUCUCUUAAACCCUAGUUUUUGUUUUGAUUAAGAUCUGUAUUUUGUGUGUAAAAAUGGAGAAGAAUCUCGUUGGAUAUAGGUUUAGUCCUACGGGAGAGGAACUGAUCAACUAUUACCUCAAAAACAAGAAUCUUGAUAAACCAUGGCUAGUCGACGAUGCCAUCAACGAGAUCAACAUCUGUGCUCACGAUCCAGAGUCCUUGCCUUCGUUAUCGAAGCUGAAAUCGAACGAUCUCGAAUGGUACUUCUUCUCUCUCAGGGAGUACUACGAACCUGAGAAGAAGGGAACGAAGAGGACAACACCCUCUGGGUUCUGGAAAGUUACUGGUUCGGAUAUAGAAAUCAAGGACAAGAGAGGACACGGUGUAGUGAUCGGGAUCAAGAAGACGCUUGUCUACCAUCAAGGUAAAUCAACUAAUGGAGUUAGGACUCAUUGGGUUACGCACGUGUAUCAUAUCACUUCCUUGUCUCUUAACCAGAGCAACUAUGUUAUCUGCAAAGUAACCUACAAAGGUGUUGACGGAGACAGUUUGUUCGGUAAUAACUCCAAGUCCAAUGAGUUACGCCACUCCAUGGUCUGUGUUUCCAAUACUGCCAGAGGGAUUAACACAACCCCUGAGGUUGAGCAACCAGGGGACAAAGGUCUCUAUAUAUCUAUGGAUGAUUUGCCAACCCCAAUGAACGAGCAAGAUGAUCCCUCUCUAUUCAAUUCAGACACGUUUCUCAACGACAUCUACCCUCACCAGCAGCCACAAAUUCACUGGGAUGAUGAGUAUUUUAGUAAAUGUCUUACUUUUAAUGGAGGGAACCAUGCUGAUGUGCUGGGCGAUCUAGACAUCAUAAUGGACGAGCACCGCAACGAUCACAGGCCAAAGAAAGCUUUGACAGGGUUCCUUCCUGAUUAUAGCAGUGAGAGCGAUGAUGCUGAAUCCAUAUCUGCAACGAGUUACCAAGGAGUAUCAAGUCCAGAUAGCGCUCACAAUGUGAGUAGACACUUCCACACUAGUGUAGACGAGAUUCCAUCUUUGAGGAAAGACUCUGGCAAAGAUACACAACCUCAUGCAGAAACUUCUAUUAAUAGAAAGACUCGGAAAUCUCAUUUCACACGGCGCAUUAUACCCUCAAAACAAGAGGUGAAAGAAGUCAAGUCUACAGCCACUGAUGCAUCCAAUGACAAGAAGUCAUCAUCACCUAUGGUGAAGAGAGAGAAGAAGGGCUGGUUGAUCACAGAGGACGCAAUGGAGAGAAAAAACCGCAAGAAUCCACAGUAUAUCUUUGUCAUGAACAUGAUCAUAAGCUUCAUCAUCUUGGUGGCUGUCAUUGGCAACAUCAUAUGCGUUUUACAAAGAGUCAAAACUUGAACUUGCUGAUGAAGUUUGAUUGCGAGGGGAGGCAAAGCAGAUAGAUUGAAGCACUUGUUUUUAUUUGGCUUUUUCUGAUUCUGUUUUUUUUUUUUUUUUAACACGUUUUUUUUUAAAGGGGUGCAACAGGAGGAUUUCCCGGGAGGUCACCCAUUCUAGUACUACUCUCGUCCAAUCACGCUUAACUGCGGAGUUCUGAUGGGAUCCGGUGUAUUAGUGCCGGUUUCUUGUUUUUUUUUUUUGAAUUGUGUGUAUCUGUGUGUAAAAUAGAUGGACUCAAUUAUUCUGGUGGGCCUGUUACGGGUAUAUCUCGAGCCUUAAAUAAAAAGUGAAAUUUAAUA